AUUCCCUUCCAAUUGACAGAUAGUCCCCGGUCAUUGAAGGCCUUAUAUCGCCAUGCCGCCGCGUCUCAAUCUCUUCACCGCAAGAGCGGUUCCCGCUUUUUGCCAGCCUUCGACGGCCGCUGCCCGCCGCAGCAUCGCGACUAUUUUGAAUGCCAACCGGCCCUCGACCACCAAUGGCGUGAAGUCCGGCCUCUCAGCUUCGGCCCAGAUGACGAAGCGUUGGAACUCGUCCGGUAGCGAUGGAAAGGAAAAGUCAGAGGGCUUUAAGGGUCCGACAGAGGACCCAUUGCCUCAUGUUAGUGAAGAGGCCGCCGAGGUCAGCAAGAUCAUGGAUAAGAGAUGCGAUGGCGUUGCCUCCAGCCCGGAACUGGAGCAGGGAACGCCUAUCUCUGAGAUCUUACAGCGUGACAAGAAUGCUCAAAAACAUGCCCCCAAAGUCAUGCAAGACCAAAUGAAGAAUCAGUCGGGCAAGCGCUCAUUCUCAACAUCUGCUCGCCGCAUGCAACCAGAAUUACAAAAGUCGGCUGAUUUCGACGACGCUUCGGCUGCCCUUGUGGCGAACAUGGUUUCUCAGGUUAACGCGCAAGCUGCCGAGUUGCACCCUGGACUUAAAUUCGAUGCGCCCAGCAAGCCUUUGGGCAAGACCGAUAACUUCCGUUCCCGAUACGACGGACUACUGGAGCAGCUCACAAAGCAGCUCAUGCGUGAUGGCAAGUUGUCCAGGGCUUACAAGGAUAUGUCGUUCAUUCUGGACCACCUGCGGACUUCGCCUCCACCCAACAGGAACCCAAGGCGACCUUUGCUUCCCGGCCCUCCUAACGCCCAGCUUCCUCUGAACCCCAUCCUCUACCUCACUCUCAUCAUCGACUCCGUUGCCCCCUUGGUCAAGAUCCGCCAACAGAAGGGUAUUGCUGGUGGUGGUGCAGCGGUGCAGAUCCCUGUGCCCCUCGCUCUCAGACAGCGUCGGCGGACGGCCAUUCGGUGGAUCAUCGACGCUUCGGACAAGCGUCGGGACAGCAACUUCGCUAUGAGAGUUGCACAGGAGCUGGUUUCCGUUGCGGAGGGCCGUAGUGGUGCGUGGGAUCGCAGAGAGAUGGUGCACAAGCUUGGUGUUGCAGGCCGGUCGAACCUUGGAUACCUCAUGAACCGGAAAUAGUUGUUUUGUAUCACCAGUUUGAUUAUGCCAUGAUUGCAGCGACGGGGUUCAAUCUAAUUGCAUUCCAUGGGAUACGGGUUCAGGAAUUGGCUACUUGCUUUUGGGGGAUGUUGUAUUUUCUUUUUCUUAAUUUCUCCCAGUGUGUAUCUCUUACUUUGUUCGUCUCUUCCUUUUACAAGCCGAGUCACUGUCUCAAAGAGUUCUGUAUAUUUCAUGUUCGCCGAUCCAAAUCUUCCAGCAAUCGCCGGAAAGGUGAAGCUCCCCGAUAACCUCCGGAUGACUAACGCCCC